UCUCCACCAAGAUGACCAUCUCUAUCUGCUGUGACUGUCCACUCUUGCUGCUAUUUGCAGUACCUCAGAACUCCCAGAAUUUCAACAUGUGAAAGUGAAAAAAAAGAUAUUUUUUACAUUUUUCAUUAUCUAAUACAAAUGUCCUAAAUAUAUCUUCGAUCUAAACAUAUGCUUUUUGGUUGUGGGGAAACAUCCCAAAGCGUGGGGCAGAAUGAACAUUGUCCUCAUCUCUUCAUCGUUGGGUUUGGCAGCAUUUGUACUCCUUGUCGCAGCUUUUAAAGAGGAUUCAAAGGUCAGCGUGACCGUGUGGCCACCAGGGACGGAGGUCUUCCUCGGGGAAUGCGUGCUGCUGUGGUGCGCUGUGGAGUCCGACGCCACAUUGGCGUGGAACUACCGCUUUUUCCAGAACGAGCCCCGCGCCACCCAGAUGACGAAAAAACCCCGGCAUCUGCUUUCUGGCGGCACCUACUCCAUCACCGCUGUGACAAGGGAGGACGCCGGCAGGUACUGGUGCCAGGCCGAGCGCUCCGACAGCAACGCCACCGUGGCGCUCUUUAGCAGGCCCGUUACACUGAAUGUCUCAGAGCUGCCCCCACCCCCGCUGACUCUGACUCCAAGCGCCAGGCACAUGUUCGUAGGCGAGACCUUCACCUUGCAGUGCCCUGAGACCCUGACUAACUCCUCUGCUUGGGUACUGCGGCAAACUUGGACCAGCCACUUAAUGAGGACCGCUGACUCCAAGACCAAUGCCUGUUCAACACUAGGCAGUGUUGUCAGUCCAGGCAGAUCUAGCACUUGUGUCGUCUCUGCUGCAAGGGGACACAGCGGACUGUACUGGUGCGAGGGUGCUGAAGGCCGCAGCAACGCGGUCCACAUUACCGUCACCUCCGGUCCGGUCAUCAUGAGGACCCCCGCCUUCUCCGUACCGCACGGGAGCAACGUGGUCUUAGCAUGUCGCUUCCGGAAAGGCAACCACACAAGAAGCACUUUCUUCAGAAACGGCGUGGAAACGUCCACUAACAGUUCUCCCGGUCCAGGCGCAGAACUAAAACUAACCAUUGAGAACGUGACCGAUGCGCACGAAGGCUUCUACAAGUGUGCGUCACAGGACGGAAAGCUGGAAAGCCCACAGAGCUGGUUAUCAGUAAGAAGCAACUUAUUGUCCGCAGAUGUGUCAGCUGGCUCCAGUUCUGGUUCCUGGAUUUGGGUUGUUGUUUCAUGCGUUCUUAUGAUCCUCAUCCCGCUUGCUAUCUUGCUAAUUCAUCACUUCAGGUACAAGAUAUUUUACACCCGAAGCUGUUGGACAGUUUCUGGCGAGGAAACUCCCGCAGCCGUGCUUCCUGCCACCAAGCAGGACGUGACGGAGGUACAGUGGGAUCUUUCCUGGAUGGAGAUGUCCAACCUGCUGUAUCCGAGCACAUGAAGGUUUCCACUCCCCUCUAUUAUGGAUGUGAGGCUAAACAAUUGAUACAUAGCACAGUACAGCACAGAAUACUAUAGUAUUACUCUCUUUGAUUAGUCUCUAAAUUUGUUUUUUCUUUCUUGUCGCAGUUUCCUUUCCACCAUCUCUAGAUUUACAUGAAAUGUUUGUUUUUCUUUGUAUUGUCCUCGCCCUAUUGUGUGUGUGUGUUUUUUCCCCUGUCAACCUUAUGAUUCGAGCGCUUUUUAAUGUACAAUAAAGUCAUGUUUAA